CUCCGCCGGCGCAGGGAGCUCACAGAAUAGGCCAUCAGUGAACUCCGUUCGCACCGAACGUCGUUGUUGCGGUGACUGUGAUCGGAGGCGAUCCGGUUUGUUGUUGGAGAGUUCCGUUGGUUUUUGAAGUCCGAGUGAGUAGAAGAUGUCAGGCGUCUCGAACGAGGAGGAUAAGAAGCCCACUGAUCAGGCCGCGCAUAUCAACCUCAAGGUUAAGGGACAGGAUGGGAAUGAAGUCUUCUUCAGGAUUAAGAGAAGCACUCAACUGAAGAAGCUCAUGAAUGCUUACUGUGACCGACAAUCAGUGGAUUUUAAUUCCAUUGCAUUUCUAUUCGAUGGUCGUCGCCUUCGAGCAGAGCAGACUCCGGAUGAGCUGGAAAUGGAGGAUGGGGACGAAAUAGAUGCCAUGCUUCAUCAAACAGGAGGUGCUGUUGCGUAAGACGCUUCUUCAAUCAGCCUACUACUAUAAUACAGCUCUUGCUUCUUGAGUUUGUAGUGAAUAUGUUUUCCUUGUCAAUAUAAUUACUAACUGGUUUCUAGUAUUGUACUGGUGAAAUCUGAUAACUUAUGGGAUGCGUAAUUUUUAUUAUCUUUUGUGUCUCUGCGAGCAGCGGAUGAAAUGCUUGUUUAAGCUUGCCUUCUCAUCCUUGUGAUGAAGGAUAUCGUGGAUGCUGAAUUCUUAUGCUUGGAUAUGUAUAUAUGCCAACUUUGUGAGCUGUUAA